AUGACCUCCCCGGGCGAGCGUAGGGUGCGGGGGUCGAGGCUGGGGCUGCCAGGCAACCGUAGCCCUCUCCAGCACCUCCCCAGCUCUGCCUCGCCACGCCAGUCUACCGUGGAAGCUGCACGGGCUAGUGGCUGUGCUUGUGUCCUGUGUCGCGUCCCGGAGGCGCUCCAGCCUUCAUACUCGCUGGUCAGCAAUCAGCGUCGCCACCGCCGUCGGAAGGGCGGCUGGAUAUCUUUUGUGUUCUGUGUCCUGCCGGCGUGGGGCGAGGUCCUGUGUGUCCACGGAGGUGCUUGUCCCUGGCACGAGAGGACGUACCCUCCGCGCGGCCUGCUCCCCGUCCUCUCCGCCGCGCUCAAACACGCCAUGGGGUCUUCGUGCCUCAUCAAGACGUGCACGGUGAAGAAGGCGAAGGUGGGCGCGUCUUUCCACCGCCUCCCGUGGAAGUACCCGAGCCUGUUCUUGACACUGCAGCGGGUUUUCGGCGAGAGCAACGUGCGGGAGCUGACGCGCUGGUCGCGGAUCUGCUCGGUGCACAUCGGGCAGCUGGCGCCCCUGGCCGCCACAGACGAGGUGGUGCAGCGCCUCAUGGAGUAUUACGCCUGGAAUGCGCGCAGCUACAAGCGGCUGUUCGAGCUGUCCAAGCAGAGGGAGGAGCUCGGGGAGAAGGAGAGUGACCUGCAGGACGGGCCGCCCGACCACCACAAGGAGGACGCGGAGGAGGGCCCGGUGGUGGGCAGCCACUGGACGCUGGAGGACCUCAUCAACAGCGGGCUCCUGGCCAUGAACAGGGCGAAGGACAGCAGGCUGGCGGAGGACGACGAGGACGCGGCGGGCGCGGACGGGCGGAGCGUCGUGAGCAGCAACCGGAGCGAGGCGUCCGCCCACUCCGAGGACGAAUUCGUGGACGUGGACGGAGCGGAGCAAGUCGGCCGCGCCCCGCCUGCGCUGGCCGCCCCCGGGGACAAGUCAGGUCACGACGUGAACCAGUACCUGCUGCACAUGAUCGCCCGCUCGCUGGCCGCCCCCGAGGAGAACGGCGACCGCAGCAUGAUCCCGGAUGACUCUGCGGCCGGAGCCAUGGACGCAGCCAGGGAUCCGGACGUAGGCAUGGAUGAGUCACUAAAGAAAACGGGAUGCCAAGACAACUCGAAGAAAACGGGAUGCCAAGACAAUCCAGGGAAAACGGGAAGCGAGGAGGAGCAGGAUAUUAACGAUAACCACACUAAACUGGGAGACUCGGACGCGCUGGCGAAUGGGGAAGUACAAAGCAAAGAAAGAGAGGAAGUCAAAGAUAAUAGUAAAGAGUUGUGCGAGGAGUCGAGUACUAGAAAAGAUGAGGGUGUGGAAGAGAGUGAUAAUAAGAUGGACACUGAAGAAGCAGACGAUUCUCAAGUGGACGUAGAGGGAAGUGAAGACGAGGGGAAAGAGUCGAGUGAAGAUGACGAGGACAAGUUGGUGAUAAGUGAAGGGAAUGAAAGAGGCACCGAGGAGUCGAACGACGAGAACAGCAAGGGAGGUAAGGAUCACGUCGUUUUUUUUUGUUUUUGUUUUGUGAUGGGCUCUUUCUGCUAUUAUUUUAUGAGUGGGUUUGAAGUUCCACUUUUAUGGCUGGAUGCUGCGGGUGAUUCUUGCGGCUGGAGUUCUAUGGGGGAGCUGGUUGGUUUCCUGGCUGGUGGAGUUUAUAUUCUCUUCCCAGUAGAGCUGCGAUCAAAUAUACUGUUCUCGGGAGAGUUGCUGACACGGCAGACCAUGCUGUAUAUUAAGUUGGGUUUGUCGUUUCAGGCCAUUGAAUUCCUGCUGAAACAGAAGGAGGAGGAGUGGAACACCCUGCUUAGAUUACAGAAGCGCAAAGAAGAGCUGUACCUCCGGCUGGUGAGGAAACGGCAGGUCCUCCUGAUGAAGAGCGGCCAGGAGGAGAAGGAGGAGGAGCAGGAAGGGAAGACUGACGAAGAGGGAAGUGGAGAAGGAAGUGGCAACCUUCUCUUCUUGCCUCAGGGCGGCUACUCGUCCCUGGGAGGUCCUCAGCUUCCCCUGAUGAUGAUGAGUCAGCUUCUCAGCGGAUCUCAGUCGCCUCAGUCACUACAGGUUCUUCCCCAGGUUGUGACCACAAAGGAGGGCAGCAGAAGCAACUCCAAUAAUGGCAAUGGCAACAUCAGCGUGAUUGACAUCCACACAAGUAGCAACAAGCCGGGAGGGGAGGUGCCCAGAAUCUCCAUGUCCUCCGAAGCACACAACAAACUAAGCAAGCAGCUCACCUCAGGGCUCUCCCUCAUGAAGCCCAUCCUGCCCAAGCCGUCGGGGCCUCAGGGCAGCCUGUCCAAUAUUCCGGCAGCACUCUCCACCACUCCCACUGGCCAGGGACCCCAGGGCCCCACCAUAAAUGUCCAACAGUUAAUAGCCGCUCAUAGAAAAGAAAACCCCAAUACUCCGCCCAUUAGAAGAGCCACCAGAGGGGCCUGGAGGCACCGUUAUGAUGGUGACAAGCGGUCUUCCCGCGAGCAGGACCGUCCUCCCAGUGUGUCCAGCUCCAGCAGUGAGGCAGAGAUGAGAACCUCGGCCUCUGCGAAGGGCAUGCUGGCCAUGAGCGACCCUUCCGUCUCGUACAAAGAUGUCCUGUUGCGUUUUGCUGAACUCACUCAGAUUGAGAAGCAGCCUGGAUCUCCACAGAUCUCUAUAUUCCCUGUGGGAAGUAGUGAAAGCAGUACAAGGAAGUCGGAAGGCAGCCGAGAAUCCACUCCUAUAGCCAGGGAGCAGACGCCCACCUCAGUUCCCCCUACAGCAACCCUGCCAACAUCCAAGCCCUCUUUAGAAGGGCCGUCUGCUCUUGCUAAGCUCCUUUUAGGGUCGCAGGCUGGUGUUACCAGUGGUGGUAAUGUCAAGAUGGUGGGUGAUGCUACAACAAAUUCCCAGUACCUCACCCUCUCCGCUCUCCUGUCUGGAGGCUCAACCACAACGGUGAAAGAGAAGUCCUCCCAUUCUCAGUCUGAGAGCAGGAGCAAGAAAUCCAGCCACCACUCAGAGGAGGGGGGUGGCAACCCUAAGUGCCAGGGUUGCCACAAGCAAAGAGCUCAGUUUGUGUGUGCUGGCUGUGGGAACCAGUGGUAUUGCUCGAGGGAAUGUCAGGUUGCUGCGUGGGAGGAGCACUCCGAGCACUGUAGUAACUAAACUGCAGUGAGGCAUUUCUAAUUACACCAGACCAUUCGCAGAGACAUUCACCGGAGGAAAAGCCACAUGUUACAUUACCUUCAGGAAACCGAAGCAAAUUAAUAAUCAUUCACCUGUGGUUGAGUGUAAAUACAUUCUCUCUCAUGAAAAGUGGGACUAUUAUGUAACAUUUUACGGUGUCUUUGUAAAUUUAAACUUUUGGUAAUGUGAUUUUGUUUUAGAAUAUUUUUUUCCCUUUCUUUUAAGUGACAAAGAACAUUAGUGGUGCACCCAAGUUAAGAUUCAGGUUAAGGUUGGUCUCCAAAUACAGGUGUGUGUGUGUGGAGACUGAAUAAAACUUUGCGCUUCACUGCCUUCACUGCUCUGCGACUGUGUGGAUAAAAGCCGUUCAAAAUGUAUUUUGAUGUUUCAGCUUAAGGCUGUGAAUAUUUGGUAAGAUUUAUUCAGUUCCCACCCCCAAGCCCUUUGAAGAAAGCACUCUUGAUAAUGAUACUGUGAUAUUUAAGUGCAUUUUUUGUAUACAAGAAAAGGAAGAAACAUGCCAACUAAAUUGCUUUUAUAAAGGUCUUAGGCUGUGUCCAGAAUGUGUGAAAUCCCAGCCUCAUUUUUUAAGGAACUUGUAGUGUUAUAUGACUAUUUAAUUUCAUCGUCUCAGUCCAAUAGAGUUUCACCGAAGUGAAUGUGAGCAGAUAUACCAAUGGCGUAUAGUAUGUGCCAGAUGUUUGUCAUUGGUCUACUGUUUCCUUUAAAUAUGAUUAAGGAAUUUCAUAGCUCUUUUUUUUUGUAUUUACUAUUUUUAUUCAUUAAAUUUUUUGUUUAAGAGAAA